AUGACUCUACAAGGCAGAGCUAACCCGCUCAGGAACCAAGACAAUGCAGCAAACAACACAGAUACUGUUCCCAAGCCACUCGUCAUCCAGUGGGCAGUGCCUCCUCCAUCCUCAGCCCAUCCUAGUUUCCAAGACAAGCUGGGGAUGCUGUCUCCACAGCUGCAGCAUGAACCCACCAAGUCCAGGGAGUCCCUCCUGCAACAGCCAGCCAAGGACAAGACGGCGCCCCACCUCAUCCCGCGCCUCCGGGCCAUGGUCAAGAGCCAGGCCUUCAAGAACAUCCUGGUGGACGAGAUGGACAUGAUGCUGUCCCGUGCGGCCACCCUCAUCCAAGCCAACUGGAGGGGCUACCGGCUCCGGCAGAAGCUGGUUUCCCAGAUGCUGGCAGCCAAGGCUAUCCAGGAGGCCUGGAGGCGCUUCAACACCCGCCGCAUCCUCCGGUCUAGCAAGGCGGUGGUGAAGAAAACGGACGCCGAGGAAGGGGACAUCCCUUACCACCGUCCCCAGCAGGUGCGAUUCCAAUAUCCAGAAGAGAACCGCCUUCUCUGCCAGCCCCUCACGUUGAACAAGGAGACCCAGUUUCCUUCCUCUGACCGUCUGGCCCAUCUGCAGCCCUGGGCAGCCCAGGGCACCCCGGAGGCCGGCAUGCAGGCUCCCCAUGCUGCCGGAACGCCUGGAGCCACCUUUCUGCCACAUCAGACCGUAACCAUGAAGCUUUCGUGCCCAGUGAGUCUAGACACAAAACGCCAACCGUGCCUGGUGACAAGAACCUUCAGAAAUGCCUGCCUCAGCCACGCAGAGGGGGACACAGUGAAGACCAGUCAUGUCACUGCCGGAACCAACAAAACAGGGGCUCUGGAGCCACCAGUAGCCGGAAGGUAUAGCCAGGAAGUUUCUAGGUCAUUCAAGACCCAGGCCCAGACCCAAGCCCAUGUGGAAGCAGAAAUCCUCAAAGCCCCAUCCCAGAUGUAUCCAGUGGUCUCAAUAACCAACACCCCACCCCAGAUGUAUUUGGUGUCCACGAUGACCAAUACCUCAGCCCAGACUUGCCCGGUGCCCACAGUGACCAAGACUCCACCCAGGAUGUGCCCAGUGGUCUCUGUAGCCAAGACCCCAGCCCAGACAUACCCAGUGCCCACAAUGACCAAAACUCCACCCCAGACAUGCCCGGUGUCCACCAUAAUCAAGACCCCAGCCCAGACAUGCCCAGUGCCUGUGAUGACCAAGACCCCAGCUCAAGUGCGACCAACAGCCUCUGUAACCAGUAACCCAUCGCAGACACGCCCAGCAGCGGUCACGGCCAAGAUCCUGCCCCAGGUGUGCCUGUUGGCCUCGAUGAUCAAGCCCCCAUCCAAGACACGUCCAGUGGUUGCAAUGACCAAGACCACACCCCAGAUGUGUGUGGUGCCUGCCACGGUGAAGACGUCACCCCAGAUGCGCCCGGCAGCCACCACAACCAAAAGCCCCCUGCAAAAAUGUCUGGGAGUCACCAUGGCUAAGACUUCAUCCCAGACAUGCCCGGUCACCUCGAUGACCAAGCCCCCACCCCAGGCACGCCUGGCGUCCAUGAUAACCAAGACCCCAGCCCAGAUACGCUCAGUAGCUGCUGUCCUCAGGACCCUGUGCUCGGCCACUCCGGAAGCUGCAAACCUCAAGUCUUCACCCCAAGCAGCAGUAGCAGCUGGAACUUCCAACACUUUGUCCCACAUGCAUCUGAACGUGCCAAAGGCCAAGGCCACAGUGAAUACAAAGCAGGCGGUGGGGACUGUCAAAGUCUCGUCCCACUCAUACCUCAGUGAGGCAAAUGUCAAGUGGCUCCCCCAGCCCCGACUGGUAUCUGGGGCUCCUAAGGCUCCAGCCAAGCCUCCUUUGGAUGCUGAGAAAAUUAAGGCUUGCCUCCAGAAACAGGUGAAAGCAGAGACAAUACCUAGGACCAAUGUGGCGGCGGGAAUGCUGAGGUCCUCGACCUGGAUAAAAGCUGCUGAGGAAAGGAACAAAGCCCCAUCACAGGCACACGUGAGGAUGGACGUCAUUAAGGUCCAAUCCCAGGUGUACAUGCCUAUGGAAACGGCUGUGGUCCUGCCCCAGGCACAGCUGGCUGUCCCGCUGACCAAGGCCACAUCCCAGGCACGUCCACCUGCCCAGCAGACCAGUGCCCUGUCCCAGGCACAGCUGGGCAUGUGCCUGACCAAGACCCCAUCUCAAAUACGUCUGCCCAUCAAGCUGACCAAGGCCCCAUCCCUGGCCCAUCUGGUUACAUGUCUGACCAAGGCACAGUCCCAGGCUCAGCUGGUUGCAGGGGCGAUGAAGGUUCCAUCCCGAGUACACCUACCCACUAGGCUGGUGAAGACACAGUCCCAGGCCCAGCUGGUCACAGAUAAGGCCAAGGGCCUCUGCACAGCACACCAAUCUGUUGAACUCAGCAGCAAGACCCACUCCCAGCCGCUACUGACUGGGUCCAAGGCGUCCACCCACACCUGCCUGCACAUUGGUGCUAAGCUAGAUAAUAGACCAACCCAGCUCCAUCCCCACAGCCAUGGGCAGGACAAGGCCACCCAGGGCCUGCGCCCAGUGGCCCCUGAGAGCCAGGGCAUGCUGGUGCCUCUGUCGGCACCCACGGGGCACCCCAUGUGCAGUGACUCCUGGGGUGACAGUGGGACCACACGGGCCCAACCGUCGAUGCCCAGCCAGGUUGCUCCCUGCCAGGACGAUGCCACAGCCUUCCAGCUGGCCUCCCUGUGUGCCGAGCUGGCCAUGGUGCUGGGCUCCCAGGAGGAUCUCCGUGCCCUGCUGGCCAAAGCCCUGUCCCAGACAGAAGUACGGGCGGCUCUGAACCAGGCCCUGUCCAAGGAGAUCCUGGGGACCACUGUGGCCAAAGCACUGCCCCAGGGCAUACUGGGCAUGGUAUUGGUGAAGGCUCUGUCCUGGGGUGAGCUCGGCAUCACCCUGUCCCGUGCCCUGUCCCGGGGCGAGCUGCGGGCGGAACUCACAAAGGCCAUGCAGGGCAGACUGGCCGAGGUCCUCAGCAAGGCCUUGACAGAUGAGGAGAGGGCGGCUCUGAGUCAGGCCCUGUGCCAGGGCGAGCUGGGCGCUGUCCUGAGCCAGUCUUUGUCCCAGGCGGCCCUGAGGACUGCAGCCAAGCUCCCCAAGGCCGACUCGAAAACUGCGGGAAGCAGGAUGACCACGGUGCCGGCCCCAGUGGAGGUGGAUUACAGGGGGAGCCCACUGGCUGCGUGCGGGCCCGUGAAACCACAGCCCAGCAAGGGCCCCACGGAUGCUGGCAUGGCUGGUGGCCAGUCAUGGAACUCUGCUGUUCCCAGUGUAACGGUCAGGCCCAUGGACCACACCGCUGUGGCCCCCUGCAGCGCAAGGAGGCCAGCCAGGGGUGCUGGGCCGUGGGACGCCGUGGGCAGCAAGGUGUCAGCGGAUCCCAGGCAGCCGGGGAAGUUGACGAUGUCGGUGCAGACUGUAGAGGAGAUAAUCGUCCAAGCCGUGAUCACUCUCCAGGCGUGCAUGCGUGGCUACCUAGUGCGUCGUACCAUCAAGGUGUGGCACCAGUGGGCCACCAUCAUCCAAGCUACUUGGCGUGGCUACUGUGUGCGGCGGAAACUGACCCACCUCUACAGAGCCACCACAGUCAUCCAGGCUGCCUGGCGAGGCUACUGCACCCGCCGGGACCGCGCCCAGCAAAUGCUGCUCCCGGGCACGUGGGCAGAGCUGGGCAGCAGCAGAGCCAGGACCACCUCUGAUCACCGCUGUUACCAGUCUUGCCAGCCACACGUCUGCAGCCUCUGCCAGUCCCUGAGCACCGGGUUGGGGUCCCCUCCCAGCGUGGUGAUGCUUGUGGGCUCCAGUCCCCGCACCUGCCACAUGUGCGGCCACACCCUGCCCACGCGGGUGGUGCAGGGUGUGGGCCAGGGGGGUGGGCCAUGGGCCUGUGUCUCCCAGCCGGCUUCGCAGAGCUCCCAGCAGCUGCGUCACCAGAUCAAGGCGGCCACAGUCAUCCAGUCGGCCUGGAGGGGCUUCAAGAUCCGCCGCCAGCUGAAGCAGCAGCAGGUAGCAGCCAAGAUGGUCCAAGCCAACUGGCGAGGCCACCACACCCGCACCUGCCUCACCACGGAUGCACUCUUGGGGCCAGCAAGCCCAUGGAACAGCUCGCGGCACACGUACUGGCCCGGUGUCUAGGACCCUGGCUACCAACAUGGAGGACACUGUGGGAGGGGCUGUGUCUAAUGAAUAAAGUCCUCCACAGCCUGGA